ACUGGUGUAGCGCACGCAUGCAUGCGGACGGUGUGGGCCCCGCGUAGUAAUAUGUGUCAAGUUAGCUAUAGGCUGUGCUGGAUAUCGGUUCCGGAUGGUGCUUUUCUUUAAUGCGCAUCUUUUGGAGACGCAUGUUAGUUAGAAUGCUGCCCGAGUCUUCACAGCUUCCCUAUGUGCGCUGUUGGCGCAGGCUGGUCUGCGCUGUCAUGUUAUUGUGGAUGCAGCCAGCAGGCAUGUUGACAGUAGAGGGGAGGGGAGGCUGGAAGGGUCCCAAACGGGCAGUAGCGCCUAUACAGGGAUAAGUGAUACUGUGUAGGAUGGUCGGCACAGUUUGAACACAACAAUGCUUUAAUACUCCACAAUAGUGAAAUAUAUAUAUAUAUUUAUCAUGCAUAUGAUUUUACUAUUGUAAAGUGUUCCUGUGGUUCUGUGUACAGAGAGUUUAAAGACUUCUCAAUCUUGUCUUUAUUAUAGUCCUACAAUAACCACAUGCAGACAAGAUAAUGUUUCAGUACUGAAUAAAUAUAGUUAUCUUAUCGUGUUCUUUGUUGGCUGUGCCACAAUAAACAGAUACAUCACUAUAUAGUUCCUGUAUUAUGUCUAUAGGGACUUACUGAGUCUGUAUAGCACCUCGUGUUAGACCAUAACUCCUGUGGUGUCACUAUGAUAUUCCUCUGGAGAUGUAUUUUCUGUCAUAUUUGUAUUGUAUUCUAGUAGCAAUGGUUCCCAAACUGGGCAUUGGGAUUCCUGCAAGGGGUUGCAAGUAUAUCCUGGUGGGGCCAUGAGAGUAUUAGGAUAAGACAGCAGAAAAAAAACAUAUUACUACAAUUUAAAAUGAUCUAAUCUUUACUUUUAAAUGUUGUAAUCUCAAGUUUAUGGAAUAAAAUCAGUAAGUCUUUGGUUGAACUGGUAACUAUUGAUAUUUACUGAUAAGUUACGGUUGGGAACCACCACCAUAUUAUCGUAUUUUUCUUGUAAACUAACUUAUCUUCAACACAUUGAUAUCUUCAGCAAGUGUACCAGUAACCUGACUAAACUUGAUAACCCCCAGCUCAUAUCUUAGAGUCUCACAGGUUAUGAGAGCAGCUCUCAUAACGCCGGUCCUUGACCUCGUACGUGAGUGCACAAAUGCACAUCAAAAUCAAUACGCCUCGGCCUCCAGCACCUUCAACAGUUGCACAACGGACCCUCUUUAAAGCGUGCGCGACCGUUACGCUGCUGUACUGUACAUCGACAUGUCCGAAAGACCAGAGGGAUGUCUGUUUUUCACAGAGUGCAUUUUCCCAACUUGUAAUUUUGAUUACAAUACGAUCAAGUGAUUUUACACGCGCACACACACACACUGUUGAGAUAAAUAAGAGGUCUAGAUUUAGACUUGCAGAUCCCGGCAAACACACCAGCUGCCCACCACACUGCAGCCCACGUUGAUCUCACCUAUCUCACACAUGAACGCAGGCACAAGUGUGUUUUGUGUGUUUUGUGUGUUUUGUGUGUGUGUGUGUGUGUGAGAGUGAGAGUCUCCUUUCACGGCUUCAGUUCCUGAAACAUCAACACCUACGUGUUGUAAGUGUCAGGCGAAGAGUUCAGCAGAGUUGAGUUUGCUUUUGUGUGUGUGUGAGAGAGAGAGAGACAGAUUCAGAUGUCAUCUUCCUAUUAUAAGAAAAAUGACUCACUCUUUUCUCACAAGUACAAUCCUUCAACUGAGGAUCACAUAAAAACCCCAAAAGAGCUUUUUAGGCUUUCAGAGUUUCACUUGAGCAACCACAGACUGCCGUCGGGUUAAGAGACGUUUUCAUUUUGUCCAUCUUACUGUAUCUCGUCGUGUUGAUAGGCGUGUUCCCUAUCAACAGUUUAUUUGGUUUCCAGUUGUGUCUGUGAACCCAGGUGAGUGGGGCACACCUACAGGCGAGGAUAACCUCGCAGGAAUGUUCUUUUGUGUGGACACCGUGUGUCUUUUGCCGUCGUCUGUGCUCUUGGCACGCAGGUAGACUCCUGGAAGAGGAAUGCCAGGCGUCCCCCCGGAGGCGUCGUUUCAUAAUCAGGCCUGUGAAGCAACACGACGACGGUGGCUUCCGGUGAACAAAGCGGACGGUCGGACAUGUGUGCACAGCUUGAAUCAGGAGAAGAUGGGAUUGAAUUGAACACCGGCAGCGCAGGACGACAACGCUCUGUGAAUAUUUGCAGUUACCGUCCAGCAGUGGCGUCAAAACCCUGAAUCUACCUCGAGAGACCCGCAGCUGGUCUAGAAUCAACCGAACCUCACCUAACUACCCAGGAGGAGAUGGAGAACUGACCAGAGACCAGCAGGCAGCUCCUCCCCUUUCCACCUGCAGCCAUGGCGGGGCUAAAACGCCAUCGUGAUGGCAAGAUCGCCGGGCUGUAUGACCUGGACAAGACGCUGGGACGCGGACACUUUGCUGUGGUUAAACUGGCCCGACACGUAUUCACUGGGGAAAAGGUGGCAGUGAAGGUGAUAGAUAAGACCAAGCUGGACCCGGUGGCGCGGGCGCACCUUUUCCAGGAGGUGCGAUGCAUGAAGAUGGUGCAGCACCCCAACGUGGUGCGCCUCUACGAGGUCAUCGACACGGCCACCAAGCUCUACCUCAUCCUGGAGCUGGGAGACGGAGGAGACAUGUACGACUGCAUCAUGAAGCACGACGGAGGCCUCACUGAGGAGGUGGCCAAGUGUUACUUCGCCCAAAUCGUCCACGCCAUCUCCUACUGUCACCGGCUGCACGUGGUGCACAGGGACCUGAAGCCGGAGAACGUGGUGUUCUUCGAGAAGCAGGGCGUCGUCAAGCUCACCGACUUCGGCUUCAGCAACCGCUUUCAGCCCGGGAAAACACUCAACACCUCCUGCGGCUCGCUGGCCUACUCUGCUCCUGAAAUACUGCUGGGGGACGAGUAUGACGCUCCUGCUGUAGAUAUCUGGAGUCUGGGAGUGAUCCUCUUCAUGCUGGUCUGCGGCCAGCCCCCCUUCCAGGAGGCCAACGACAGCGAGACGCUCACGAUGAUCAUGGACUGUAAAUACACAGUGCCGGAACACAUCUCCCAUGCAUGCAGAGACCUCAUAGCCCGGAUGCUGCAGAGGGACCCCAAGAAACGAGCGACCCUCGAGGAGAUCGGGGCCCACGAAUGGCUUCAAGGCGUCGACCCCUCCCCGGCCACCAAGCUGUCCACCCCUCUGGUGUCCCAUCGCAGCCUGUCGGAGGAGGAGCACGGCUCCAUCAUCCAGCGCAUGGUGCUUGGGGGCAUCGAAGAUCGAGAUACCAUAACUGAGGCUCUGGAGUCGAAUCAGUACAACCACAUCACGGCUACAUACUUCCUGCUGGCUGAGAGGAUGCUGAGGGAGAAGCAAGAGAAGGAGCAGCACAGCCAGACACGAUCACCCAGCCCCAGCAAGGCCCAGUUCAGGCAGUCCUGGCCCACCAGAGUGGACGUUCACCAGGAUGUCAGUGACGGCUUGGGGGGUCCAACUAUCUCCCACCCCGGGGGGCCGCAGUCACCUGCCCGCAGUGCUGAGAGCCUCCACAAAGGCCCCAGGCCCAAAACGGCUCUGCUGGACCUCAGCCAGCGGCAGGAGAGUCACACACAGCCGCCUGCUCGACAGAACCAGGAGAGGGGGCUCCGGCCUCUGGUAAAGCCCCACUCCAACCCCCUCAGGCUGGGCUCUCUGACCUCAGUGGGCCCUUGCAAACCUCGUAGUCCCAGUCUUUUCAGCGUGGAGGAGGAUGAGGAAGAAGAAGGGGAAGAUAAUUGUUUAUCGCCCUCAGCGCUUCCUGCUCAGGUGGUGCUUCGCUGCAAAGCCUCUUCCUCCUCAUCCAUGUCUUCUUCUGCUAAUCGGCUAACGUCCCGUAUGAGCGCUCCAGUUCUCAACCAGAUCCACGAGGAGGACAAAGAGGAGGAGGAAGAGGAGGAGAGGAGGGAGCUGCAUGGAUUCGGCCCGCCCAAAGCCAGCCUCAGCCUCGAUCUGAACUCUAGGAUACCAUCACUGCCCACGCUCAUAUUAUCUCCCAAAACAGCUGGUGUAACAGCACCGGUUGCCGCUUUCACUCCCAGCUCGGAGACUAGUGACGACGAGACGGAGAGCCACCAUAAACCAGAUACGGUGACUGCAGGCGGACAGGGGGACGAGAGAGGAGGGAGCAAAGAGGAGAGAGAGAAAAGGGGAUCAGGGCAGGGAAGUCCCUCCAACUGCGCCAGCCCUGGAUCAGGUUCGGGCCAAGGCAAGGGUACCCCCAAAGCUGCCAGCGGCCUGGUGGAAAGCUUAAAGCUGAUGAGCUUGUGCCUGAGCUCUCAGUUCCACACCCUGACAGGGGGAGGAGGAGGAGGAGGAGGUGUAGGAGGUGGCGGCGGCGGCGGCGGCGGUGGCGGCGGUGGCGGCGGUGGCGGCGGCGGCGGCAGCGGGGCCGUUGUUGGCGUGGACGCCCAGGACCGUCCCAUGUGGAGGAUGUGCAUGGGCGGCUCCACCGGUAGCCUGGAUAAGGUCUCGCUCCUCGGUGGCCCCUCACCCAGGGGGAACCUGUACCACCACCAGCCCCCGCUGGGAGGCGCGCUGGCAGACCCGCUGCUGGAGGGCUCCUGCAUGGGCACGCUGAGGCUGGGAGAGCUGGACCUGGCCAGGGAGAACCACAGGAACAUGAAGAACCGCGUGCUGCAGAUGCCCAUGAGUGACAAGACUCUGUCCGUCAACAUCCACCGGAACACCAAGGAGGGUCUGCUCUGUACUCCCACCCCACACAGCUGCUGCCAGGUCAUCUAGACCGCCGACAGACGCUCCAUCAGCUGCUGCACCUCCACGCUCGUCUGUACAUCCCCUUAUCAUCUCGCUUUUCUUGACUUAUUCAAUGCUGUUUCCUAUUAUUUAACACUUACGGCGGAGGAUAACAGUGAGGGAGUCCAAAAUGCCUACUUUGCACAUUUAGAGAUGCUAAAAAGUCUCCGUGGAGGACACUGGUUGCCAUGCCAAGUAUGUGAAGCACUUUCAGCAGAUUAAACAGGAACACUAAAGGGACAUUUUAAACCCCCGCGGUGUGUUUAAAGAAGAGACAUUAAGUAUGGGAACAGACACGGGAGGUGCUCACAUCCCUGCUCCUCACACACUUGUAUAUACUGUAUGUACACAUUUUGUGCACAUCCACACACACACACCUGCAUCACUCUCUGAUAAGCUGGUAAAAAAGGGAUACCUGAUGAGUUUUAGUGUCAUGUUACAUAUUGUAUUUUUGUCGUACUUGAUGCUGUUUUUUUAACCAUUAUUUUUAAAGAAUUCUUUCUUUGAGACAAUCCUUUUUAAAUGCGUUUUUUUUUAUUCUGACUGAAAGGGUUACGUUAUGUCUGUUUUUUCAUUCAGCUGAGGACAAAGAACAGGGUGAAAAUGGACUUGGCGGCAUUAAAGUGUGAUGGUGGCAUCACAGUAUUUUGUAGUCUUAUCACUGUUUUAUUUUUCUAUCUCAAACGUGCUCCGCAGAAAGAAAAAGGCACACUCACUUGUCAAGUCUCUGCGCAGUUACAUAGCAGAGUCUGUACAUAUGUGAAUAACCUUCCAAGCAGUACUCUGUGCUUGUAGUAUUGACGGUAAAGUUGUAUCGCAGUAGUAAACCUGAAUACUAGAACCUUACACACCAUUAUUCUCCACUCCUGCUGGAUGUCCAAGGUUUUGGUUGAACCCAGAGGUAGAAGUGUGUUUGGUGGCAGGAGAAGAACACCGACGUGAAACCAAACUGAAUUAUGACACAAGCAAUGGCAGCUCUUUACAUUCAAAGGGAAUGACUUCUGGGUGGAACCGAAACCGUGUGCUUUCCAGGAUCACGGUAGCCACAGUUGUAGCAUAUUCCAAGACAAAAACAACAAAAGGGGUUUUCAGUAGAACAUAACAACACCACCCCUUCGAGUAUCGGUCUGUGUAACUGGAUGUGUGACCCACCCCUAGCGGAAUAUAUAACUUGAUCGGUGCAUGUGUUUUUUGCUGUAGCAACAUUAUUCUUGCCCACUGAGGUCAAUCCACCUGCUGUAUCUACCUAAGUAACAGAUUCAAACGGUCACUUUACCGUAGCCUCACAACGAAACCAGCGACUGCAAAAUGUACAACAAAAAUGGAUGUGCCAUAAAAUCUGUCUUGAGCAUAUUGUACUGUAUGUACUGUAUAUGAUAGAGAUAUAUUAAAAGGAAAUGAUGUGAAUAAAGAGUCGGUUUCUUGACUUUUUGUUGAGUGAGAGUUGAUUUGUUUUUUUUUAACCAAUCCACCUUUUAUAGAUCUGAAAGGAAAGGAAACAUCUGUUGUGCAGCCAUACAAGCAGCAUUACAUUAACACUAUUGUCUGAUCAGGAGUCUCUUUUAUACAACACUGCACAGGAUCCACACUAAAUGUUCACAUACGAACAAAUUUUAAAAACCUUGCAAACACCUGCCGGUGUUCAAUUUCCUUUUAUUAAUCCCAAAUUAACUUGGAAUUGUCCAGCUGUGAAUGAGCCUCAUAUCCCGCCCUCUACACACCCACAUUCAACCACGAAUGGUCAAAGCAAAGCACCUCAUGAAUGCAGAGAAAGGAGCCGGCUGAAGAGCGGUUCUUUACGGUGAAUCACAACAACUACGGAGAGGAAGACACAGAGGAGGAUUUUCUUUCUGACAGAGAAGUUAAAGUGUUUGAGGGUGAGGUGGUUCCCUCCUAAAAGGGUUAUGCAGGGAUGAAGUAUUUUUGUAGGAUAACC